CCUGAGGUCCUCUCUGAAACACACGUGUGACUGGAGGUGGUCGUGGUCAUCAUUUUCGGCGUUUAAUUUACAACUACGCUGAGUUAUCAAGAUAACUUGUUAAGAUCGACAGGAGUUCCAAUCGAAACUUAGUCAUGUUUCUGCAAUUUUAUCUCAAUGAGAGUGGCGACAGAGUGUACACGCUCAAGAAAGUGGAUCCGACAGGCCAGCCAACCAGCUCGGCACAUCCGGCACGGUUCUCACCUGACGACAAGUUUUCCCGACACCGAGUGACCAUCAAGAAGCGUUUCGGAUUGUUGCUCACCCAGCAGCCAAGGCCUGUCUUGUAGAGAGAUGCAACUGCUGGAAUAGGCUGGCGUGUUCAAAAGACUAACUUUUUCUUUCGUGGCUGUAUGCCCAUUUUAUGUUGACAUUUUUUAUUCAUGGGAAGAGCUUUCGCUCCGGUAUUCUAUGGCUGAUGUUUGGAUGACUUGGAAGGAUGGUUCAUAUUUGUUAAGCUUACCCCUAUUAAUGGUUUGAAUGGGGCGAGUUAUACAUAUUAAAACACAUUAUGCUACAAAUAUCCUUUCAUUUUUAGUCAUACUUUUACAGUCUUACUGCAUUACAAUAAAAUGCUGAAACACUG